AUGUAUUUGACUCGCUCUGCAAUUUUUGGCAUGGAUCUGACGACUUAUAUUUUGGCAGGCCCCAUCGCUUUUCAGAUGUCUUUUGGUUUUGGGCUUAUCUAUGUCAAGAUCCAUCUUUGCUUGUCCAAGGAUGCUUUAAUUUCUUUUGGUUACACCGGAAGUGUAUCCCUCUCAUUCAUAAAGGCAUAUGCCCUGCGCCCAUGUGAAUCGGUAAAGCAGCAUAACGUGGGCUUAACUGGAAGGCGUGAUUCUACCCGUCUCCCUAUUACUGUCCAACAAAAGAAGUGUAGAAAUCCAGCUGCUGAUAGCGUGAUGGACACCACAUACGGAACCAGCAUAACCGAGUGUGGGAAUAGAGUUGAUGUUAGAGAUGCUAAUGACAAGAAACCAAACAUCGCCAUACCGUGCCGGACAACACUGGCAUAA